GAGACACAGAUUACUGCAUAUCCAAAAGCGAGGAAGUGGAUCGGUUAACCAGAUAGAUAUCCUUCACAACACAACCUUAUCCUUUGGAAGUUGGAACUCACUCUUAAUCCUAUGUCUUAACUCUUACAAUCCUAAUUCACACCCCUUUCUUCUCAAAACAAAACAUGUCUCACACCCCACCCUACAAAUCCUGAACCAUCAACACAACAUCAUAAUGGUUGCAACUGCCGCUACAUUGUUCAAUCCACAACAUCUUCACACGCAUGGUAGGGUUAACAUAUGGGCACCAAGAAGGAUUAGCUACCUAAGCGGAAAUGUGAAGUCUAAGUUCCCUUUUCAUAGAUCAGAAAUUCAUCAUCAGGUUCAUUACUUUUCACACAUUGCACCCCUAGGUGCAACCUUUAAGGAACCCAAGGGGUUUGGACCUACCCCAAGGAAAAGGAAGAAGAGCAAGAAGAUGAAAAAGGACUAUGGAGAAGGUGAAGAUGAAGAAGAAGAAGAAGAUGAGGAAGAAGAGCCAGACAGGGGAGUUAUUCCUGAAGUAGUGACCAACAGAAUGAUGAACAGGAUGGCAGUGUCUGUAGGGAUUCCACUGGGUGUUGGGCUUUUGUUUUUCCCAUUAUUUUACUAUCUCAAGGUUGGGUUGAAGAUUGAUGUGCCCACUUGGGUGCCAUUCAUUGUGUCAUUCUUUUUCUUUGGGUCUGCUCUGUUGGGUGUGAGUUAUGGGAUUGUGUCCUCCAGCUGGGACCCACUGAGGGAGGGUUCCUUUUGGGGUUGGACUGAAGCCCAAAAGAAUUGGCCUGUGUUUUGGCAGUCCUUUAGAGGUGGUGGUGGUUCAAGGAAGAAUUAGCCCAUUCUUUCUUUAGCCUUUAAAUGGUUUUUUGUUUUCAUGUAUAUUGUAUCUUGCCAGCAUUUAGAGCUUGUUUGGCAUUAGUUAUAAAACAUCUCUAAAAUUCUCUUCUC